AUGGAGCAGAUGCCCCAGUAUGAUCUGUCCAGACUGCCGGAAAACACAGCCCUGAAGCAGCAAACAUUGCCUGCCCACCAGCUAGAAUUAUCUGCCUCGGUGGUCCUCUCUAUCUUUUUUGCCACAGGAGGGUUCUGCCUCUGUAUGGGCAUCAUCCUUCUACUGUCUGCAAAGAGCACCAAGGAAAUUGAGAUUAAUUACACAAACACAUGUGAACAUUGUGCUCAGCUACGGGAAGACAGCUCCAACUUUGACAAAGAAUGCACCUGCUCUGUCCCCUUCUACCUGACGGAGAAAAUGGAGGGUAAUGUUUAUAUGUACUACAAAUUGUAUGGUUUCUAUCAGAACCUCUAUCGAUAUAUUCUAUCAAGAAGCAAUAGUCAACUGGUGGGUAAGGAUAUUUGGGAUGUUAAGAACUGCGCCCCGUUCCAGGUGUCCCACAACAGCACUCCCAUCAUUCCUUGCGGUGCAAUUGCCAACAGCAUAUUCAAUGAUACUAUAACUCUUUCAUAUCACCUUAAUUCAUCUAUACAUAUAGAAGUCCCAAUGCUAAAGAGUGGGCUUGCGUGGUGGACAGAUAAGUAUGUCAAAUUUCGGAACCCAAGAACCAGUGAUCUUGCUAGUGCAUUUGCAGGAAGUGCAAAGCCUCCGCACUGGGCCAGACCCAUCUAUGAGCUAGAUACAGAGGACCCAGGAAACAAUGGCUUUGUCAAUGAGGACUUCAUUGUGUGGAUGCGGACCGCCGCCUUUCCCACAUUUAAAAAACUGUACCGCCGACUCAGCCGCGUGCACUACUUUGUGGAUGGCUUACCUGCCGGCAACUACACUUUCCACAUAUUCUACAAUUUUCCGGUUACCGUGUUCCGAGGAAAAAAAUCUGUUGUUCUUUCUACCCUGACGUGGGUCGGAGGAGGUAGCCUUUUCCUGGGGCUUACGUACACAGUGACAGGGUCAUUGACAUUGUUGGCCUCUUUUGUCAUCCUGGCGAUUCACCAGAUGCUGAAAAAGAAUAAAAAAGAUUUCCUGUAGGAGUGAAGUCGAGCUUUGAAAAGAAGACUAGCAGAAGACAAAAUGGACAAUGAAGGAAAGAAGUGAAGACCUCUGGCAAAGCCUGAGCUAUU